AUGGAGGAGGGUAAUGAAGGUAUCGUUGACACGACGGUUUCGGCCGAUCCCGAUCUCAACAAUGGUGAAGUCGCCUAUAUGCUGAAUGUGCGAGAAGCUGCCGGAAGUUUACUGCGAAAACAAGUUCGCAUGCCGAUUUGGAUUUUAUUGGUUGCGGGUCUAGUGUUUCUCGUUGCUGUUCAUAGAGGCCUGCGUUCUCGUGCCGUACCGAGGCGCACCAGAGAUACCCUAGGGAAGAAAGGGCCAGAGCAUGAUGAUUGGGGACUAGGCUCACUUGAAGACUUCGAACAAGUGCUUCCUCCGUCCCUUGAAAAGGGCAAGAAGUUACUAGCUGCGUUGGCCUCUGAGGUCCCCGAUGGUCUCGAAAAUGACGAAGCUGAGCCUCACCAGCGUGCGCUUGCUCGGGCUCUUUCGAACGGCUCGAGCGACUCCUUGGUUGGAAUGACAAUUUCCUUACAGAAUUUGAAACCACUGAGCAGGGGCACUACAGAGGGGCCUUUGCCUCAACAGGAGCUACUCGUUACCAGGAUAUUGGGUUAUUACCGCUGGAAUUUGCUGGUGAAUGCGGAAGACGUUGAGACCAAAGAGGAGUUUUCCGUUAGUAUCCCCAUCGUGAUUAAUAGCGAUUUGGAGGGCUUCGACGAGGAUUCGGCUGAGCAAGAAGUGAAGCUGGCGGCUGAGCAGGAGCGGGAGACAAUUCUGCAAGUGUGCGGCGACAUUCCAGCCAAGUUGGCGCCCUCGCAAAAGGGCAUAGCAGUCCCGUACUACACUGGGGAAAUUGUAGGUUUGGAUAGUAUUCAUUCGGCUGAGGAUUUCAAGAUAGUUAAUAGUGCAUCAGUGAUGGAAAAGGUUGUGGGGGACAUUUUUAGUGUGGCAACUGCAACAGGGGGGCUGGAGAGAGGCAUGCGGGAUUAUAUCGCCCAUCGUUUGUUGCAGAUAGUGCUGAAAGUUGAGCUUUCAGGAGUUGGCCAUACGCAGCUUAGGUGGAGUUCCUUCUUCCUGCGUGAAGAUGGCUCUUUCCUGUUGGGAAAUUUCUGCAGCGCUGCUCCCUUUGGAGAGGAGAAAAACUUACUAAGCGGUUUGGUGGGACCAACGCUAGAACCUAGUGCUCUGGCCUCCUUUUAUGAGAAGUCUGAACUUGUCCCUGAAGCUAAGCUAAACUUGUGGGGCCUCGGUGCUUUCCUCUUUCAGCUAUACACGCGGGAUUAUCUCCCCUACGGCGAGCUGGGAGGGGAGGAUUGGUGGGAGGAAACGGGGAAAGCCGCAAGGGGGUUAUUGGACAGCGGGAUACGGUCUGACUUUCUAAUACCGCAGUUGGAACGAUCAAAUGUCCCAUCGAGGUGGAGAGCCCUUAUUUUGCGUCUGCUGGAGCCACACAGUGAUAACAGGAUAACUGGCGACGAAAUUGUGCGCGAUUUUCCUGACCUUGUCGACCCCCAAUCUGUCCUAAAUAAUUAA